AUCCUUAUCAUGAGAAAAGCCACACACAAAUCAAUUAUAAGAUACCAGUCAACACAAGAAACACUAAUAUUCACAAAACAAAGAUGGCAACAUUUUUAACAUUGGUGGUAUAUGUUUUUGCACAAUUUUUGACUGGCCAUGGAUUCUUAUUGGACGACAAUUCAGUAACUAAUCUUUUAGGUGCCCUGCAGCAAGAAAAGAUCGCUAGGAGUGCUCUUCAAAGUGAGGUAGAAACGCUACGAAAUGAUGUCAAAUCCCUGACGGCCCGUCACACGGCAUCUCAAUGUAACUGCCCACCGAGCAAAGCCGUUGCAUUUUCCGCAACUAUGACUGUUGACAUCAGUAAUCUGGGAGAAAGCCAGCCAAUAAUCUAUGACAAGGUCAUCACCAAUGUAGGCAGAGCUUAUGACUCAAGACACGGAACCUUCCGAGCACCAGUGGGCGGGACUUACAAAUUCACCUUUUCCGUAUUGCAGGGAACCAACAAUAUGUGGAUACAGGUCGAACUAGUGAAGAACGGCAAAGUAAUUGGGCGUGUAAAAGUUGGAGACUAUGGCUACUGGGCAAUAGGAACCAACAUAAUCAACACCCACCUCGACGCAGGCGAUGAUGUUUGGGUUCAGCACUCGACCAAUCAGGGUUCGAACAUGAUCAUGUCACGAAAUGGCGGCUACACGAUGUUCACCGGACACCUUGUGACGGCCGAUUAGAUUAGUUUUCUAUUGACUGCAAUAGUCUAUGGUGUAUUGUUGUCAUGAAAUAAUAAAUAAAAACUUAUUCAGUG